GGUGAUCAGUUCUUCAGGCAUCAGAAGCAGGCUUGACUUGACCUUGAAGGAUAUUGGGACCAUGGUUGUGGUGGCUGACUUCUCCCUGUCCUGCAGUUUCCCUACAAAGAUGAUUGAUUGCUUCACCAAUGGAACUAUGGCAGCUCUUGCUGUGAAAGUGGAAUCUGUCCCCACCUUGUCUCCAAGUCAACUAACUCUGAGGGAUCCGAGUUGCCGGCCUCUUCAGUCUGAUGCUAUCAAUGCGGUUUUCUACUUCAAUGUCAACUCCUGUGGCACAACUAGAAGGUUUGACAACAACCUCCUGACUUAUGAGAAUGAAGUGCUGUUCACAUCUUACCGGUUGAGAGUUGCCUGUCACUAUCUGGUCAAUGACAGCAAGGUAGUACAGUUCUUGUACCAGAAUAAUCCUGCACCUGUAGUCCAGCCUGGCUUGGGUGACCUUGCGGUCAUCAUGCAGCUUGCAUUGGAUUCAACCUACAACGACUUCUAUGGAGCUCAGGAUUACCCUGUUGUGAAGUACUUGCGAACACCCUUGUAUUUUGAGGUAGAGCUCCUGUACAGCAGGGAUUCACAGGUUGAAUUGUUUUUGGAGAACUGCUGGGCAACCUAUUCUGCUGACAGGAAUAGCUCUCCAAAGUGGGAUGUUGUUGUGGACAGCUGUGAGAACUCUGCAGAUGAGUACUUGACCAUCUUUCACCCAGUCUCCAGCAAUGCAAGAGUGCUGUUCCCUUCCCAUCUGAAGAGGUUUGAAGUGAAAAUGUUUUCCUUCACAAGCGGCCGGGAUGCACUGAAAGGACAGAUUUACUUCCACUGCAGUGUUGUGAUAUGUGAUUCAAACCAGCCAUCAGACAGCCUCUGUAGCAGACGGUGCAUUCCAGGGAAACAGAGGCUUGGUCGCAGUGCUGAAGGGAUGGAUGGUGGUGCAGUAAAGGCAUUGGUGUCUUCUGGCCCAAUUGAGCUGAAGAGAGAUGGAUCCCUUCACUUUAUGCCUAGAAGCGGCCAAUUCAAUGUGUGGUCCCUUCUGGGAGCUGCAAUGGGUGUGUGUCCAGUGGUUGUCUUUGUAGCUGGAGUUGUAUAUUUUUGGAAAAUGCCCAAACGUGUGUAUUGAUAAAUAAAAAUCUUGCUUUUAAAGA